GAAAUUAUCUGCUACUUGCCUUUUGUUACCAAAGCAGAGGAGGGAACAUCAGAAUGUUGAGGCCUUCCUCAAGCAAUAUGGAUCCCUUGCCCCUAAGGUAUACAGCUAUUCAGACAUUAGGAAAAUGACAAAUUCACUUCAAGAGAAACUUGGACAAGGGGGUUAUGGAGGGGUCUAUAAAGGUAACCUUAACGGCCGUCCUGUUGCUGUAAAGAUUUUAAAUUCUACCAAAGGGAAUGGAGAAGACUUUAUCAACGAAGUUGCAAGCAUCAGUAGAACUUCACAUGUGAACAUAGUUACUCUGUUGGGAUUCUGUUUCAAUGGUCGAGAAAGAGCUCUUAUUUAUGAAUUCAUGCCCAAUGGAUCACUCGAUCAACACAUCUAUGGUGAAGAUUCUAAGUUGGGAUGGGAAAAGUUGUACGAAAUUGCACUUGGGAUAGGUCGAGGACUGGAGUAUUUGCACCGAGGGUGCAAUGCACGAAUACUGCAUUUCGAUAUAAAACCUCACAACAUCCUUCUUGAUGAAGACUUUUGCCCCAAGAUAUCUGAUUUUGGCUUAGCUAAACUAUGCCUUCAGAAAGAAAGCAUGAUAUCAAUGUUGGAAGCAAGAGGAACCAUUGGUUACAUUGCUCCGGAAGUAUUCAGUAGAAAUUUUGGAGGCGUCUCACACAAAUCCGAUGUCUACAGCUAUGGAAUGAUGAUUCUUGAAAUGGUUGGAGGAAGGAGGAACUACAGUGCUGAAAGAAGUCAUCAUAGUGAAAUAUACUUCCCGCGUUGGGCUUAUCAAUGCCUUGUGACAGAUGAAGACUUGAAUAUACAAUGCAUCACGACCAAAGAAGACGAAGAAAUUGCUAAGAAGAUGAUACUAGUAGGCUUGUGGUGCAUUCAAACUGAUCCCUCACAAAGGCCAUCAAUGAGUAAGGCAAUUGAAAUGCUUGAAGGUAACUUAGAGGCCAUCCAAUUUCCACCAAAGCCUUUUAUAUGUUCUCCCUCGCAAUCAGAAGGAUCAUCGAUGAUCCCUUUGGGGAAGCCAACAAAGCCCUUUAUAUAUUCUUCUUCGAGUUCAACACUUGAUUCUACAGAACAUUUGGUUAUAUAA